AUGUCGAACGAGCGGCGAAUUAAAUCGCUGAAGACGAGGCAGAAGAGCCUCCUAACCUCGUUCGGACUUAUCAAGUCGUUCGUCGAUGGCUACCAGGAGGAUACUGGUGCUCACGAGGUUCUCGUCCGGUUGGAUCACCUUGUGGCCAUCUGGAACGAUUUCAAUGCCAUGCAAGCCGAGCUCGAAACGCUGGAUGAAGCGGCCAUCGAAGCUCACUUAAAGGAACGUAUUGAAUUCGAGACGUCCUACUUCAGGGUGAAGGGAUUCCUGCUCGCCGUCAAUAAAAAUGAACCAACGUCGCCACGCAAUUCUUCGUCUUCUUCUUUAAACACGCAAAGCCCUAAGUCGUCGCAUGUAAGGUUGCCCGACAUAAAACUGCCAGUUUUCGCCGGAAAUCUCGACCAAUGGUUGAACUUCCACGACCUCUUCGUUUCGUUGGUCCACUCUUCGCACGAACUGUCGAACAUCCAGAAAUUUUAUUAUCUUCGCUCGUCGCUCUCUGGGGAUGCUUUGAAGCUCGUGCAAACUAUCGCUAUUAGUGCCAACAAUUACCAGGUCGCCUGGAAUCUGCUAUUGGACCACUACCAGAAUCCCGUACGCCUAAAGCAGUCAUACGUCGACUCGCUGUUCGAAUUUCCCUCCGUUAAAAAAGAGUCCGCUUCGGAGCUUCACUCGCUGGUCGAAAAGUUCGAAGCCAAUGUGAAAGUCCUUCAUCAGCUCGGGGAGAAAACGGAAUACUGGGACAUUCUGCUGAUCCGCAUGCUGAGCAUCCGUUUAGAUCCCACUACCCGGAGGGAUUGGGAAGAACACGCAUCGACACUCAACGCCGUAUCGUUCCAGAAUCUAACGACGUUCAUUCAACGCCGAGUUUCGGUUCUUCAAACUAUCGGAAAGACCACCGAGACUCCAUCACCGAUCAACUUCUCCAAGAAACCGGUUCAACGAGUGGUUGCCAGUCACGGAGCAAGUCCAACCAACCAACGAAAGUGUGUUGCUUGCUCGGAUCAUCACCCUCUGUACCAAUUAUCAGCAACCCUCAACGAGCAGGUCAGUUACGCUUCCGCUGGACACGGACACGAAAGAGUUCUGCUCGCCACAGCUGUAGUCAUCGUAGUCGACGAUAAUGGGACGGAACAUGCUGCUAGAGCGCUGCUAGACUCAGGCAGUGAAUGUUGCUUCGCCACAGAAACGUUUUCGCAACUUGUCAAGGUCCGCCGUAAGCGAAUCCACAUUCCUAUCGCCGGAAUAGGACAAUCUUCCAUGGAAUCGCGCUUCAAGUUCCUCUCGAAAAUCCGAUCUCGUAUUUGCGACUAUAACACCACCGUUGAAUUUCUCGUGCUGCCGAAAGUCGCAAUCGAUUUGCCGUCAGCUGCUGUCGACACAUCGUCUUGGGAGAUUCCACCUGGUGCGGAAGUCUUCUUUGAAUUGUUCAAAGUCUCGGGUAGAAUCCAACUUGGUCCUGGUCUGCCUACUCUCAUCAAUUCUGACUUCGGCUGGGUCGUCUCCGGGAAGAACACCCAGUGCCCAUCAAUCACUCCGAUCGUUGCCAACGUCGCUACUGUUGCCGAUUUGAACAAUCUCAUGGAGAAAUUCUGGUCGCUUGAAGAGGACAGCUCAAGAACUUGUUACUCGGUGGAGGAAACUGCAUGUGAAGAGUACUUUCGUCGAACGGUCUCUCGAACUCCCGAAGGUCGUUACAUCGUUUCUCUGCCUCUGAAGGAAGACAUUCUCGCGAACCUACACAGCAACAAUCGUCGUACGGCUAUUCGUCGCUUCCAUCUUCUGCAAGGUCAGCUUGCUCGAAACGAUGAGCUCUGCAAUCAGUACCGAGACUUCAUGGACGAAUAUCUUCAGCUAGGUCACAUGGAACUUGUGCAGGAUUACCAGCAACUACAACAUCCUUCUUAUCAUCUUCCCCAUCAUGCCGUCAUACGAGAGGAUAGCACCACUACGAAAGUACGCGUGGUCUUCGAUGCGUCGUGCCGUACACCGAAUGGACCAUCCUUGAACGACGCACUCAUGAUCGGACCCAUUGUACAGGAAGACCUCCGAUCGCUCACUAUGCGAUCCAGAAUCCGCCCGGUCCUGCUCAACGCCGAUGUCAAACAAAUGUACCGGCAGAUUUUAACAGACCAACGAAGCAACAACCUGCAGCAUAUCGUGUGGAGUCCAUCACCAGAAGCUCCUCUACAAACAUACGAGCUGAAAACCGUUACUUACGGUACCGCUAGCGCUCCGUUUCUUGCUACACGAGUGCUGCAGCAACUGGCUGAUGACGAGCAGAACGAUUUCCCCGAAGCUGCCAACGUUCUUCGUAAGGACUUUUACGUCGACGACUUGUUUUCCGGAGCGAACACGGUGGAAGAAGCAAUAACUCUACGCAGGCAGCUGGAGGCUCUCCUCAACAGGGGAGGCUUCGAACUCAGAAAAUGGGCAUCAAACGAACCAGCGGUACUAGAAAACGUCCCGACCGAGAACAGGGCUCUCAAGUCAUCGGUCGACCUCGACAGGGAUCAGUGCAUAAAAACCCUUGGGCUGCACUGGGAGCCAGCCACCGACGUUCUUCGCUACAAAACUCAACUUCCCCCAACCUCAUCUUACGAAGCUUUGACGAAACGGAUCGCACUUUCGUACAUAGCACGAUUGUUCGACCCACUUGGACUUGUUGGACCUGUCGUAACAACAGCAAAAAUCUUUAUGCAAGCGAUUUGGACACUCAUGGAUGACGAGGGAAAGACAUGGAGCUGGGAUAAGGAACUUCCACCCACAUUCAAGACCCGUUAG